AUGGGGUCCACUUUUGAGAACCUCGUCGAAAAAGUCUUCGGCACGAAGUGCACCCAGCGCCUCCGCCAGUGCCUCCACAACCACGACCUCAGCGAGCGGCACAAAGAGGACGACCGGUGGGCCAAGGACAUGAUCCUGAUGGACGUGGAGCUGCGCGAGACGGGCCAACGCGAAGCAUAUCUCCGGGAGGAGGUGAAACGGCUGGAAGCGCAAGCCCAGCAGACGGAGCUGUCGACGGAGGAGAAAGCUCAGAUGGAGAAAUGGCAGGCCGAGAUCGAGGAGCUGGCGCGCCAGUACUGGCACCUGGAGCGGGAGUUCUACCGGCGCGAGGCGUCGUGUCCGCCGGGGCCGAUGCUGCGUGCGUACCAGUCGGGCCGGCAGCGCAGCCCGGACUGGUUCCUGUCGAAUAAGUUCCUGCGGACGGACUGUGUGGGCCGCGGGGGCUGCUGUGGGCGCAACUGUGGGUGCUGCGAGAGGAAACGGUUUGCAGGCGGCCGCGAGAUUCGUAUGGGCCAUUGCACGGUUGAGUGUGGCUGCUGUCGCCGGGUCAGGGGCUUUGACUUGAACCAUGAGGACAAGACGAGGUUUAAGAAGUUGUUUGAUGACGCAGAUGUGCAGGUCAACCGGUCGUAUAGCAAUGACCUGAAGUUGGCUUAUAUAUUCGGGCGGUCGAAGUAA